CGGGACGACUUCCUGGUGCGCAACAAGCUGGCGGGGAUGACGUACAAGGAGAUACGGCGCAAGGGCGGGUUCGCCGAGGCCGAGUCGACGCUGCGGGGGCGCUUCCGCACGCUGACCAAGCACAAGGACGCGCGGGUGCGGAAGCCCGAGUGGGCGGAUGAUGAUCUCCGCCUCCUCGAACAGGCCGUCCGCACGCUUGCCAGCGGCAACGACAUAUCCACGGCCAAGAUCCCCUGGAAGCAGGUCGCCGAGCACAUCUUCAACAACGGCGGGACGUACCUGUUUGGCAACUCGACGUGCCGUAAGAGGUGGGACGAGCUGGUGGCCGACGAGAUUGCGCGUGGAAAGGAUAUUGGGCAGCCGUUCUUUGAGUAG